GAGAGGGCUCGAACUACCUAAGGUCAAAAAUGCAAAGAUGCAACGAGCAGCGUAUGAGCUGGCCUUCAGAACACUGACGUAUCAAGAACUGCUGGAGGACAUCAUGACUGACAGCUGCUUUUAUCUCACCCGACCAGUGCCCGAUGAACAGAUGAGCCUGGUUGCCGUCAUGCUCUGUGACUUCCAAGACAGGAAGUUCCUCCCGCGGGAACGCCAGGGGGAGGAGGAGAUCAUACAGGAAGUUAGAGAUGUGGAGAACUACCUCCACAGGUUUAAAACCAAGUUGGCAGCCUCUCUAGCUCGCUGCAGGAUCAAACAUAGUCUCUUGUCUAUUGAGUGUAUUCUGCCAGAGACUGUGAAAAAGAAGCAGGAGAGAUCAAAAAGCCUUCCACUUUAUGCAUGGGUCAACACGCUGAAGAGCAGUCUUGAUGAGGUCCAAAGUGUGCUGAAGAGUGCGGGCCUCUUGCAAGCGAAAUCGAUUGGGCAGUUGGAGGGCCAGACCUUCUGCCAGGAUCCCCACUGUGGGGAUAUACUGGUAUUCCCUACUCAGCUGAAAGCUCAGCUGUACUCCACCGGACUGCUUAGUGACCACAAACUCAUCCUCCAGGAUAAGUCAUGCAGCCUUGGCCCAAAUGCAGUGUGCUCCCUGUUACCAGAGGACGGCGAUGUACUUAUGGUGGGCAGCUUCUCUGGCCUCACUGUCUCCCACACUGCCUCCCUAAUUGCUGGGAAACAUAAAUCCAACAGCAACAACCAGCCCACAGUCUACGUUUGUGUCAGCGACUGUACAAACUCUCAUAGGGCGGAGCUACAGCUCGCUGUCUCCACCAUGGGCUGCAAGAAUGUGAAGCUGAUACUGGAGGUUUUCCAGUCUUUGGACGGUGGUGACAAGCGGCUUCAAAAGGUGCGCGUUAUCCUGUUGACGCCCAAGUGUUCUAUGUCUGCAGUCAGCAACCCAGUCGAGUUCAUACUGCAAGAAAACGGAGACAUGAACCUGCUGCAGGACCUGUCCCAAGGCUCCAUAGCCCAGAGCAAACUGGAAUCUCUGGUAGCGCAGCAGAGGAAGGAUAUUGAUCAUGCCUUGAAGUGUGAGUGUACAACCACCUGCUCUCUCCCCAAGGUGCUGGCAGUAGUCUACUCUACCUGUUCUUCAUACCCAGAGGAGAAUGUGGAGGUAGUAAACCAAGCCCUGCAGCAAGCCAAAGCCUGCUCAGACCAGGGGGGGGAUCCAAAACAAGCAAACUUCAGGCUAAGCCCUUCCACUUUCAGCUUCUCUGACUGUGCGGAGGCCGUGGAGGCAGCAGACCCCUUCUUCGUAUUGGAGCCUUCAGAGCAGAGCAAUGGCUGCUUUCUUGCUGUUCUUUACAGAGAGCCUGAACCUGAAGUCAAAGAGGCACCACAAGAAACCAUUGCCAGGGCAAAUGCAAAGGGAAUACUGGACAAGAUCAACUGCAAACCCCUGACCAGAAAAGAGCACCAUGGAUAUACCAGUCGAAUGAAAAAAGCAGCCCAUGCUCGCACCUCUCAGCCCCACCUCUCUGACAGCAUUCAAUCCAAAAACCAGCAGACCAAGGACAGCAACAGUGCUAUUGUGUGUGGGCAUCCAGAACUUACCAACAUGCGGCAGUCAUCACAAGGAAAAACAAAAGCACGGGCCAUGCAAGCCUUAAAGAACACUGUGUCAAGCGCCUUCUCUUUCUCCAAACAAGAACGCGCCAGCUCCUCCUCCACCUCUUCCUGCUCCAACCCGGAAAACAGCGCACCUGCUAAGAGCAUCGCCCCCGUAUUCAACACUACAACUACCACCCCCACCACUCCGCAUCCUGCCUCCCCUCCAGCGACCCCUGCAACCCCAGCUGACCGUCCCCGUAGAGCUCAGCAGGAGGUGCUGAAGCCCGCGCUGCUCGUUCUGCCUCCCGUUCACUUCCCCAACUUCUUCCCAUCUCGGCAGCCCAGUCGAACGGGAUUCAGCCCCAGCUUAAAGUCCAACAGGUGGAAGACACCAGCUCAACUUGCGUCCUCCUCUCGCUCAAGUGGUGAUCUCUCCAAGAAUGCUAUGGGCAAAUCCCGUCCUCUGUUUUGA